AUGUGCGGUGCAGGUGAAGAUGCAGACAUCCGAGCCCUGCAGAGUGAUAGAUCCCCACACUGCCUUGGACUCUGUAGGGCCAGGGCGGCACCUGCCGGAUCCAGGGCGACCCAGCCCUGCCCCUCCUGUGCGGGGCCAGGCGGUGUCUUCCUUGGGGGCGGAGCGGAGAGGGCGGCGACCCGGACGCGGCGACGCGCAGAGCGGCCAUGCGCAGUGAGGACGAGCCUGCAUGCUGUGGUCAUGCGCGGCGUCUGGCUGUGUCAGAGGCGGGAAAUCUCCUCUUGGCUGGCCCGAUGGUUCCCCAAAGACCCAGCCAAGCCAGUGGUGGCACAGAAAACACCCAUCAGGUUGGAGCUGGUUGCCGGGAAAACCUACAGGUGGUGUGUAUGUGGCCGAAGCAAGAAGCAGCCCUUCUGUGAUGGCUCCCACUUCUUCCAGCGCACUGGCCUUUCCCCACUCAAGUUCAAGGCCCAAGAGACACGUACAGUGGCCCUCUGUACCUGCAAGGCCACGAGGCGACCCCCUUACUGUGAUGGCACCCACAAGAGCGAGCAGGUACAGAGAGCAGAAGUAGGCUCCCCACUCUGAGGGGAGCUGGGAUUCCAGGCCUCCUCCAGGCUUCCCUUCCUUGAAGGGAAACGCUGCGCUAUGCACAGAAGGGAAAACCAUCCAAGGACCACAUCUUCUGUACCCUGAACAACCUGUCCUCUCCUGUUGGGCAGCUGAGACCAGCCCCUGGGUCAGCAUCUGGUAAAGCUGUCAUUAAACACUUGAGGCCCACCCUUUAA